AUGCCUGGUGUCACUUCCGAGCGUACUGCUAGCAGAUUCGAUGCUAUUCCCGGUCCUCUGGGUCUCGCUUCUGCCUCCCUCGAGGGCAAGGUUGCGCUAGUCACCGGUGCUGGUCGCGGUAUCGGCAGGGAAAUGGCCAUGGAGCUGGGACGUCGCGGCGCCAAGGUCAUUGUCAACUACGCCAACAGCUCCGAGUCGGCCCAGGAGGUCGUCAACGCCAUCAAGAAGUCGGGCUCCGACGCCGUGGCCAUCAAGGCCAACGUGUCGGACGUGGACCAAAUCGUCAGCCUCUUUGACCAGGCCGUCAAGGUCUGGGGCAAGCUGCACAUUGUCUGCUCCAACUCGGGCGUCGUCUCCUUUGGCCACGUCAAGGACGUUACCCCCGAGGAGUUUGACCGCGUCUUCACCAUCAACACCCGCGGCCAGUUCUUCGUCGCCCGCGAGGCCUACAAGCACCUCGAGGUCGGCGGCCGCCUCAUCCUCAUGGGCUCCAUCACUGGCCAGGCCAAGGGUGUCCCCAAGCACGCCGUCUACAGUGGUAGCAAGGGUGCCAUUGAGACUUUUGUGCGAUGCAUGGCUGUCGACUUUGGUGACAAGAAGAUCACUGUCAACGCUGUUGCCCCCGGUGGUAUCAAGACCGACAUGUACCACGCCGUAUGCAGAGAAUACAUUCCAGGUGGCACCGAGCUCGACGACGAGGCUGUCGAUGAGUAUGCUUCCACAUGGUCGCCUCUCGGCAGAGUCGGUCUUCCCAUUGACAUUGCCCGCUGCGUCUGCUUCUUGGCUUCGCAGGACGGCGAGUGGGUCAAUGGCAAGGUCCUUGGCAUUGACGGCCACGCCAUGAUGUAA